UUACACACUGACACGCGCGGCAGAAACAACGGAACGGCGUUGCGGGCUCAAGAGCGCAGACGAGAGUGAGGCAGAACGUCCCGCUUUGCUCUGUUUUCCCUCGUUCCGUCUCGCGCUGUCUCGCUCCUCGACGCGCAACAGUUUCGCGAGCACACACAGAAAGACGUGGUCUAAAGUUUCGUUUCUUCCCCAAUCCCCGUGUCUUGCGCCGCCGAAACCAAGUUGCGGAGGAAAACUACCGUUGCUCGAAGCACAUUUCUCCUGUCUUUUUUCCGCUGUUCCCCUGGUUUGUCGAGUCCUCCAUCGACCACAAGCCUGGCGGGAAGAGAAGUAACAGCGAGGAGUGCGUUUCCCUUUUGACACGCAGAAUGGUGGACAGCUACGACAACCCCCUGUACAGAAACAAACCAAGCACGCGCGUGCAUGCGGCUCCGGGAGGUGCAUCUUCAAUCUGUUUCAGCGAUGACACCUCGACCGCGCCUCCGGCCGCACAGGUCCCUGCGAUUCCGAGCGCACCCUCAACUGCGCCGUCGAGCUCCAGACCAUCACCGACACCAGCAGCGGGACAACACGGAGUGGCAAAUGACGGAACGAGUCAGGCGAAAACUUCCGUUCGUGUUCACCAGCCUCCUGGAGGAAGAUCUUCAAUUCACUUCGGCUGAGGAAGCUCUCUCUCUGACGGUGAAUACUCUUUUUGGCAGGGGGCUAACUCUCGAAAAACGAUGCCUGACUCCUACAACACAGGAAUACAUGCCUUUCAAGGCUACAGAGAAUACCUAGUGCCUUACUGUUGCGAGAGUGAAAAACAGAGGAUGAGGCUUGUGCUUAGAGUGACUUCCAUUCUUUGCGCACUGAGAGCGUCUUAACCCGUGUGGGAAGAGGUUUGUCAAUGUGCACGCCAUCUCGGUUUCUUUUGGUCUUGUUCUGCCGUGUUGUCUCUGAAAAACGUCGCCGUGAAGUGUGUAUCCAGGGGACUGACUUUUAGUCUAUGUGUUUUUAUUCUUUCUUCUAGCUCAGUGGCCCUGAACCCCGCCACUUCAGUACGUGCACACGUGUGUCCACGCUUAAGUGUAAGGUGAUAUCUUGCCGAAGUACUACAAUGAAGCGGUGUGGAUAUAUAUAUAAAGAAAAACGCCACCUUGUUACCAAAGAAGUUGUGUGAGAGUAAGGUCCUAAAGAUGGCAUUCGACUGUAUGUGAGGACUCCGGCGUUCUCGAACAUAACCGGAGGUUGAAUGUGCCUUCUAAAAGAGCACUGACAGUAAAACAGGAGAUGCCCCUCGAGCAGAGAAUUGAUGGGCCCCCUUUGCAGUCUCACCGGUUGGACAAAGUUUUAAGAAAACAGAUUUUCGGGAGAAAGGUCAUCUACAACAGGAAGCUCAGUGAACAUGAUUGCUUUGCAGCGUUUUUGACCAAAAGAGAGGACGGAACUGGCAGCCAUGUGAAUUGUCAUCUAUUCCAAUCUGUUUGACCACGAACCCCAGUUAGCGGCGGAUUAACGCAUCCUUCA